GUGUGUGUGUGUGUGUGUGUGUGUGUGUAUACACAGUAAGUCCUCGCUUUACGGUACAUAUGUGUUCCUGAAAACCUUACAGCAAAUUGAAAUUACCUUAUACCGAACCCAUUAUAACAUGUACUAACAGGGGGUGUGUUCCAGCACAUCGAAAGUCACCCCUACAGACAUGAAAAUACAUGAAACUAGUCAUAUGAAAAAAAAAAAUGUAAAGUACUGCGCAAAAGAAAUAAACUAUGUUUUUAUUUACCUUUCACUUGCCACAUAUUCUAUCAGAUGAUGUCCCUCCUGAGGCUAAGGGACAGUAGGGAUUUCAGCCCUUACUCAUAAACACGGCGUAAGGAUUUCACUUGUGUUCAGUGGGAAACGCGGAAAGAAACAUUGUUGUGGUGGCCGUGCGGCAUGGUGGCGCUACGGUACGGUGUAAACAAAACAUGAGCGGAUACUGUAUCUGUGAAUUUUUCUUACCGUAAAUAGAAUUGAGGGUAGUAAUUACCAAACACCAUAACUGUGAAUUUACCAGAUAAGGAAGUACCAUAUAAGGAGAACUACUGUGUGUGUGUGUGUGUGUGUGUGUGUAUAUAUAUAUAUAUAUAUAUAUAUAUAUAUAUAUAUAUAUAUAUAUAUAUAUAUAUAUAUAUAUAUAUAUAUAAUUUUACUUCUGUUUAGAAAGUUUCCCCUACCAGAAGAAUAAAUAAUCAUUUGUGCAGUUCAUAUGAAAAAAAUAUUCAUUUCAGCUUUAAGUUUGUUCCCUAAUGCCUCCAAGAAGAAUUAGAGCCUUUUAAUUAUAAUAGAUGAUCCUUAAGAGAUCAUUUUAUAUAAUUCAUAGAAUGAACUUGAAUUUAUUUCCAUGAAACUUUAAUUUUGUCACAUUCACCUGAAAUAUAUUCAGAUGCACCUCAUAUCCCUCAGGUACAAACAGCUUUACAUUUUUUUGUAAAUUUAGGCCUAAUGUGUACAAUAUAAAUCAUUGUAUCUGAAAUGGGAUGUGAAAUUUUCUUUACAAUAGUGACUGCUCAAUUUGUCUUUGUUUCAUUCAUACAGUUAAUCAUGCAUCUGCUUCUUGUGUAAUGUGGUGUAUAAAAUUAAACUUGAUUAUGUGAACUGAUCCCCUUCACUUAAAGUUAUCAUUUUUUUUCAACUUCGGUAUUACAGGAACUUAUUUCCUGCUCCAGUAUAACUGCUCGUCUUUGGAGCAGUGAAUGAUGUCAUGGCAACUCCCACAUCUUAUUUGUACUUUGAAAGAAAUGGAAAAUAUCUCCAGUAUCCAUGGCAGUCAGAGAAGUUCAGGCUCUAAAUCACCAAACUGAUGUUUUUUUCCACAUAGCAGCUUCUGGUGACCCAUUCAUUAUCUGUCCUAUGACUGAUUGAUAUUGAGGCUGAGGGAGAUCAAAGGCCUUUUGCAUUGUGUUGAUAAUAAUUAUGCAUAGUAUAAAAGAAAUGUAUGACUUGGAACAAUGGAAGAAUUGUAUGUAAUUGGCAAAAGAAAAUCUGAUGAUAAUGAUACUCAUAAUAAAAGUACAUAUUAAUGAGGAGAGGUGUCAUUACUUGUGUUAUUUGUGUGGAAGAAAUACAGUAGGAAUUAGAAACUUUAGCCAAAUAUUUUUACUCUAUCUUUUAUGUUUGCAUGCCAUGCUCCAGAUUAAAAACUCACUCAUUCACUAUUCUAGUCUCCUAUCAUGGAUUACCCAGCACGCUCACCCAUGCUGAAGAUGAGAGUCAGCCUGGUAUGAGUGAGAGUGGUGAAGUGCAGUCCAGUAGUGGAGCCAUCUUGCAGCACCCACAUAUCAUCUCACUUGUUGCUCUGUCCUCAUCACAAUGCAUUUUGCAGUGAGGUUUAUUUCAGAUAACUGAAAGGAGCAGUAUAUGGCCAGAGAAUGCCAUGGAGCCUUCACUUGUCAUUUAAGGGAAAUCACAGCUUGGCCACAGGAUAGAGUCAGCCCUCUUUGCUUCACUCCACCUGUUUCCAGCAGCAAGCAACCUCUUCAGCACCAUGGGAAUGCACAUGAAUUUCAGUGAUGAUGAGUAUCCAUCUGAAUUUGAAGACCUGAGGGAGAUAGUGACGACAGUGGAGACACCACUCCGGCCCAUACCGGAGAUCAGGAUGCACAUAUCCCGCUUCUUGGAUGGUGCUGACAUGGAUGAGGUUUAUCCUAAACUCUUUUUAGGAGACUGUGAUGCUGCUAUGAAUGAGGCUUAUCUUCGCAAAAAUGGCAUCACUCACAUUCUCAAUGCUGCAGGCAACACAUGUGGUCCAGCCCCAGUCAAAACAGGAAAAAGUUUCUAUAAGGAUCAGUCACUUGUUUACCUGGGAUUGAACCUUAUUGAUCUACCUUUCAUCAAUAUUUCUGUGCAUUUUGAAAAGGCAUCAGCUUUCAUUGAAGAGGCACUCUCAUCUGGAGGCAAGGUGUUGGUGCAUUGCCGACAGGGACGGUCACGUUCAGCUGCCAUUGUAGCAGCUUUCCUCAUGAUGCAUCGAGGAAUGACGGCUGCUUAUGCUCUCACUAUGCUCAGGAAAAAACGUGAGAUUCGUCCAAACAAUGGUUUCUUGCAGCACCUGGCAAACCUCGACCUCAAUCUUUUUAGAACAAAAAUAGAAAAGAUGAGAGAAGAGUGCUCCUCAUCCUCUUCGUCAUCACCAUCAUCAUCAGCAUCAGCAUCACGAUCGUCAUCACCAUCACCUAACUGUGAGGAAACAGAAAGUACUACUUUCUGGGAAUAAGGUAAAAUUCUAAUCCCAUGAAUUAAAUCCAUUACCCCAAUACAUCUGGUUUCUUACCAGUCAUUUAUCCCUAGUUUUUGGGUUUUUUUUAUCAUUUGUAAUUGUGUAUCCCUCUCCCUCCAUAGCAAGUGCAUAACAUAUAAACUUACCAGCAUAAAACAUACCUCAAUAUAAUCAAUACGCACACAAUGAUAUAUGUAAAGUCUCCUAUGGUAAUGCUCCUCAUUGAAAACCUAUGAAGGUCCCUCCUCUAGAUACUAUUCCUGCAUCCAACCCUUCCACUUUAUGUAUGUACCCUUUCAAUUGCUGUGUUUUGCUUUUAUUUUCAUGAGAAGUCUUGAGAUUGUCAUUUGCCUUUACAGUGACAUGUGCAUUUUCUAAGAAUAUAAUGCUUAAUGCAGCACUGAAAUCUGAUAACUCACUAUUACAUGACUGAUGUUUUGAGUGAGUGUGACUAUCACCAUUGCAUUAUUAUGCAGUGAUAAUUAACUGAGAGUCUGUCAGCCCCUAACAUUACUGGAUUCCUGUGUACAACAUAUUAGUAAUGGAUAUUGUUUCCCAAUGAAUGCUUGGACUGCUCAGGUAUCUUACGAGUUGAGAAUCACAAUACUUAAAGGCAGUCAUGUUGUGAAAUUUAUGAUAAAAAGAUAAUUCAGUAAUUAACAACUAAAAUCAAACUGGAUCUGCAGCAUCAUUGUGACAGGAAUCCUGAGUACUUUUAAAAAAUAUAUUUCAUGAAGGAAAUAGUUAAUGUCCAUUUUCUGAAGUGUUUCAGUGUGAUGCUGAAUUACAUUAUUUUGCCUCAUACUUUCUUAACAGUAAAUUAAUGUUUAUUACACACUAGACUGGUAGAAGCAU